UAGGGCUUUACGCUGUGAAGGAAGAUUGUGAAAGGGUUUCUCUCUUAGCUGCCGCUUCUUCCUGCCGCCGCCGCCGAUCACUCCGUCGAAAUGAUCAUUUCAGAGAAGAACCGCCGAGAGAUCUCGAAGUACCUAUUUCAAGAGGGAGUUUGCUAUGCGAAGAAGGACUACAAUCUAGCCAAGCACCCAGAAAUCGAUGUGCCAAAUUUGCAAGUGAUAAAGCUGAUGCAGAGCUUCAAGUCUAAGGAGUAUGUUCGCGAGACAUUUGCCUGGAUGCAUUACUACUGGUACCUCACGAACGAUGGCAUUGAGUUUCUGAGGACUUACCUGAAUCUCCCUUCAGAAAUUGUCCCGGCUACCUUGAAGAAGCAAGCCAAGCCAGCUGGUCGACCCUUUGGUGGCCCAUCUGGAGACCGCCCACGUGGCCCAUCAAGAUUUGAUGGGGAAAGAAGAUUUGGUGACCGAGAUGGCUACCGUGGAGGUCCUCGCGGAUCUGGUGGUGAUUUUGGUGAUAAGGGCGGAGCCCCUGCUGAUUACAGACCUUCUUUUGGAGGUCCUGGAGGAAGGCCUGGCUUUGGCCGUGGAGCUGGUGGCUAUGGUGGAGCACCUGCACCAUCAAAUCUUGAAUGAGGGAACAUCAUAGGUGUAUGGGAUUGUUUUUGUUAGUUUUAUUUUCGAAGCAUGUUGAAUCGAAGAUGUUAAAUUAAACUCAUGAGAUCAUAUCAGUUUUGUUUGCCUAUAAUCAAUUGUCAGAUCUUUGAUUGCUGAA